AUGCCUAAGAUCGCCACCAUCGACCCGGUCAUCAUGGCCACAGCAGUAUCGCGCCGUGCUUGGACGAGCCAAGACCUAGCCCGAGGGCCCUAUGGCUACCUCCCUGUGCUCUCUGCACCCAUCAUCUUUGCCUCCGUGGGACACGCACUUCGUGUCUAUGGACACUUUGAACCGUUCGAUGUCAAUGCGUACAUCAGCAUGCAGUGUAUCCUCGUCAUCACGCCCGCCCUGAUUGCGGCGGUGGACUUUGCCAUCCUUGGCAAAGUGGCGGUGCUCUUCCCACCAAAGUACUCGCUGGUCAAUGCGAGGUGGAUCCUGCCCUUCUUUGUGGCGCUUGAUGUCGCGUCGCUCGGCGUGCAGGGUGGUGGAUCGGCGAUUGCUGCCAUCGCACAGAUGGACAACAGAGACCCUACGUCGGGCGGAAAUAUUGUCGUCGCUGGUCUUGCGAUUCAGCUCGUCGGAUACAUUCUCUUCAAUACGCUUCUCGUCGUGUUUGUGCGUAGGUGCAGCAAGGAUCCGCCUCCAGAAGUGCUUUGGAACAAGAAGACACGCACCUUUUUGGCGGCCACCGCCGUAUCGAGCGCGUUGAUCUUUGCGCGCAGCACGUUUCGCCUGAUCGAGAUGAGCGUCGGCUGGAUCGGCGUCAUCGCAAAGACAGAAUGGACCUUCUACGUCUUUGAUGCAGCCCUCGUCACGUUGGCCGUGUUCAUCUUUAACGUCUUCAACCCCGCCGUGUAUCUCGGCCAACUCUCCGAAACCAACCGAGGCAACAAGGACAGCGUGGCGCUCGACGAGCGAACUGCAUCGCAAGACUCCGAGGCUUCGUUCAAGGCGUGA